CUUCUCCCGUCUCACGCGCUUACGCACCUGCCCGCUCUCUUCAACACCAGAGCGCAUCGCUGCUGAACCUGCGAGCCUCCCCUGAGAGCUCUUGAGUUGUGCGCAUAUCGUUUUGGGAGCCAAAGAGGAGGAUGUGGCCUUCGCGCGGCCACGAAAGCGCAAUGGACAUUCCUCGCACCCUAGACCGACCGUGGACCCCUCCGGAGAUCGAAGACAAAGCAGACUACUUCAACAUCUACGGCACCUCUCCUCCACGAUAUCCUAUCGCGACCGAGCAGCGCUGGCUCAAAGAGGCUCAUCGGGUGCCUGACCAGCCUUCUUGGGUCACAGAUAGCUUUGGGUUGAACACACCCGCGACGGGACCGCGACCGAAACCCAACACAAGACUCACCGAACCAGCGCCAUACACGCCUACGCGGCCAUAUUAUGACGAUGUAUCGCAUCCGCGCACCCAAGGCGAACCGCGCUAUCCCUACACGCCCGAUAGCUCGCGCAUACUGCGUCGAAACAAUACCGAACUCCCCUCCUCACCGACACCAUGGGACGACGACUCGGAGACAUCCUCGUCGCCUGUGCAGAAUGCGCUCUCAUCCUGCAUUGCGCACUUCGAGAAUCUCAUCCAGACACACCAGCCCGACGAAGAGCAAAUGGAGUAUAUAGUCGGACAAUUCGAAGCCAUGACCGCGCACCUCUCUUCACCCAGCGGGGCCGAACCCGAAGCGACACACGACGACAAGCCCUCCUCCAACUCUAGUCAGGAACUCGCCAUCAUCACACAAGCAGAGGGUGAGCAACACCAACUUGAAGCCAAAAUGUUGCACCACGAAGCUUAUGUUUCGCAAGUAGGCAACUACAUCGCUGGUGUGCAAAAGUACAUUUACGACCUCAAGACGCGCAUGGAUGAAUUCAAAACACUGAACCGAAUUCAACUCGACAUCAUCAACGACUUGCGCAAGCAGAUGCGAAGCGUACGCCAGAGUAUGCGCGAGGAACUGGAUAAAAGCUACCAUCAUGACGAUCUUGCGAAGUCUGUCUGGUCGGAUUUCGGCGCAAAGAGCGAGACGCUACAGGAAGAUGAUGGGAUUCACGACAACAACGACACAUCGAAAGAGUUUGGGAUGCUAGACAGCUGUAUGACGCUCGUCGAGGAAGAAGAUCUUUCACGAGAGAUUCAAGAAGAAUACUCCAAACUGCUACGCGAUACCGUGGACACACUGGUUGCGGAGGAACCGUCAUCGCCCAAGCGAAAGGUUAUUACCAUCAUCCGAUCGCCUCCCCGACGCAGCUUUUGGGGCUCCAUGGGCGAAGCGCUGGAUGCUGUCUCCAACCUGCUCUUGGAAGAAUGAUUGAUGUGCCAUGUGAACGACGACGACUUUGCCUACGACUGGCACUACAUUUGACGAUUAUAAUGACGAUCUAGGAAUCACGCACUUGGACAUUACAUUGAGAUUUACGAUGAUUUACGGCCGAUGUCAGAGCACAUGAAUGAUGGAGGAUGAAACGGGGGGUUUGCAUAGGAAGAGGAGGUGGUUGCAUUUGGAUACGGACGGCUGUGAAAUGACUUUACGCCAUGUUUUGAGCAUAUGAGCGGCGUUGUCUUUCUAUUGGUUUCUUCCUUUGACGCAACAGCAUUGGUACGUUCUGGAUACCCAUUUAUCGCUGAUGAUUGGCAUUGCAUUAUUGUUGUUAUUUCUUUUGUUGUUUGUUUUGUAGUAUACUUGUUUACUUGCUCAACGCUACUCUUAUAUACAUAUACUGAAUAUUAUCAUGUGAUA